AUGGAUGACAACAAGAAGGUAGUCCUGAUCACCGGCUGCGCCAAGGGCGGCAUCGGCUACGAAUACUGCAAGGCCUUCGCCGACCAUGGCUGCUACGUCUUCGCCUCUGACCUCCCCGGCCGCCUCUCCGAGCUCGCCGACCUCCAAUCCGACUCCAUCGAACCCCUCGAGCUCGACGUCACCUCCGACCAAAGCGCCGCCCAUGCGACAUCCAAAAUUCUAUCGGCGUGCGGCCGCAUCGACGUCCUCGUCAACAACGCCGGCGUCGGCGGCACGGGGCCGUUGGCCGAGCUCAACCUGGACGCCAUUAGACGUGCAUGGGAGGUGAACACGUUAGGCCAGCUACGUAUGGUCCAGGCCGUGGCCCCUCACAUGUCCUCCCGCCGGUCCGGCCGGAUCGUUAACAUGGGGAGCGUGGUCGGUUCGGUCCCGACCCCGUGGGCCGGUUCGUACUGCGCGUCCAAGGCCGCGGUCCACGCGGUGUCCGACGCGCUCCGGGUUGAGCUCCGACCGUUCGGGGUUCAUGUCGUAAAGGUGCGUCCCGGUUCGGUCCGGUCCAACCUGGGCCGGGCGAACGAGGAGCGGCUCGGGAGGCAGGAGUGGAGGCUUUACAAGGGCUUCGAGGCCGCGAUCGCAGAGAGGGCAAGGGCGUCGCAGGGGACGAAGGCGACGGAUGCGGGAAUCUUCGCGCGGCACGUGGCGCGGAAAGUGCUGAGCCCGAGGCCGCCGAGGGAGAUCGCGUUCGGCCACAUGACGGGCCUGUUUGCGGUGCUGGCUUGGUCGCCGGCUUGGGUCCGAGACUGGUUCUUUGCGAAAAGGUUUGGGUUGGAUAAGAAGUUGUGA